UCAACUCGAGUUUGACCUUAAGUUGUAAAUUUUAUCCAACUCAAAUAGUUACUCUCAAUCCUUAAAUACACCUAGACAAAGUAAUUGACAAGAAUAAUUAAAAAAAAAAAAAACAAUGGGGGUGGUCCACGUAAGCCGUUAAAAAAAGUUCAAUGGGGUUAGUUAUUCAGUAAAUAACCAGUUACACAACACCACGUGACACACGGCAAAAGAACGGCCAAGAUCUAUCCGCCCACCAAAGAUCGGACGGCUGAAAAUCCGUCUCCAGUAGCGAAUAGUUAUCGACAUGCGAUGGACAGUAACCGUCCACGUAGCACAUACAAUCGCGUUUAUUAUAACAUUUUGAUCCAACGGACAUUACAUUCCCCUCUCUCUCUCUCUCUCUCUUCAUUUGGAAAAACAAAACCCUCUGUAAAAACGAAUUUUCCGGCACCGGAAUAUUCUCUCUCUCAGAGAUUCUCGCCGUCUUCGUAGAAAAAUUGUACAAUUCGUAUUUACUCGAAAUAGCAGUCACCAAAAAUAGUCGGCAGAUUACCUAAAUACCAAAACCUCUGUUUUUAUUUUUUUGUUGGGGGAAUUAGAAAACAGCUUUCUCUCACUUCGCCAAACCCUACUUUCUCUCUCUACUGCGUGUGUGUGUAUAUAUAUAUUACCAAAUUCACUUUCAGGAAAAAAAAAUGGCGGAUUCCGAUAACGAAUCGGGCGGGGGCGGGCACCGCGACCACAACUACCACGGCGAGAUCUCUCUCCGGGAGCAGGACAGGUUCCUGCCGAUCGCGAACGUGAGCAGAAUAAUGAAGAAGGCGCUGCCGGCGAACGCGAAGAUAUCCAAGGACGCGAAGGAGACGGUGCAGGAGUGCGUGUCGGAGUUCAUAAGCUUCAUCACCGGAGAAGCCUCCGACAAGUGCCAGCGCGAGAAGAGGAAGACGAUCAACGGCGACGAUCUCCUCUGGGCGAUGACUACCCUAGGGUUCGAGGACUACGUCGAGCCGCUGAAAGUGUACCUCCAGAGGUUCAGGGAUAUGGAGGGGGACAAGAGCGCCAUGGCCGCCGGAAGAGUCGAGAAGGAUAUCGGCGGCGGCGGAUCCGCCGCCGCCGGCGGCGGAGAUGGAGGGGGGAAUGGCAGUGUUGUGAAUAUGGGGAACAGUGGGGGUGGGUAUGAAGGGAUGUAUGGUGGUGGUAUGAAUAUGAUGGGUCAUCAGGGAGGACCCGUUUAUGGGUACGGGCAGAUGGCGGGUACUGUACCCGGUAAAGUGGUGUCGGGUUAUCAUGUCGGACCCGGGUCGGGUCACGCCGGUGGUAGGCCGAGGUAGCGUGACACUUGCCAAACAUGAUUUUUAAAUUUUAAUUACUAGAUUUUGUUGGUGAUGAUUAUUGACCAAAGACUUUCAGCUUAUUUCAAAUAUAUGUUUAUAUAUCGUAUUAAUAUAUAUAAUUUCUUCGUAUAAUUAUAUUUUACUUUAUAUAUAUAAAUAAAUAAACUUAUGAAAAAAGAAUUCGAUUUGGUCAAGAAUAGAUUUUUUUUUUUUUAAUUUAAAUUGUUCAAUUGUUUUUUUGUGUCUGUCUUGUCUUGUUUAAUUGUUUUUAUUUUGCCUCUAUUUUCCUGGUUAUAAGGGGUAGGGGUGUUUUGGUCUUUUUGUCGUGUUCUUGAUUGAUUGCAUUUUUGUUUGGCAUUGGACAAGUGGUUGUAAAUACAGUAGAUGUGGAUAUGGUCUUGUUUUUGUUCUAAAUGCUUACUUUGUAAUUAAUUUUGCCUUUGGUAUAUUUAUUUAUCUUCAUAGUUUUAA